AUAUAUUUAAUUAAUCCGAGAUAGCUGCGUCUUACCAAAGGCGGAACCUGUUAGCGUUAGCUAAAAGAUACCAAGCAAAAACCUACGGGACGCACCAACCCGCCCGCGGCUUGUAUCGCUCUUCACGGGGGGAAAAAAGAGCAGCAGCGAACGGGAGAAGUGGAAGUGGGGGGAAAUCAUCACAAUGAUGCCAAUGCAUUUCUUUUUCUCAGAUAAAGUGGUCCUCCUGUUUGACUUCUGGGAUGUUCACAGUACAGGAGGGAUGGUGCUCUCGGUGUUCGUGAUCAUGCUACUCACAGUUCUAUAUGAAGCCAUCAAGGUUGGCAAGGCAAAACUGAUCCAACAGGCAAAGUCAGCUGUUGCCCCUAGCAUCAGUCAGGAAAACUUGGGAGAACCUGAGGGGGCCUCUGUGAACUCAGGUGUGGGGCCAACCACCAGUUCUCUAAAGAAGCGUCUUUCAUGGCACCUAGCUGAGACCCUGCUCCACGUGGUGCAGGUGUUUUUGGGUUACCUGGUGAUGCUGGCUGUCAUGUCUUACAACACGUGGAUUUUCCUGGGAGUGAUUGUUGGUUCGGCCAUUGGCUACUACGUGGUGUAUCCAUUGCUAUGCCUCAGAUAGCAGCAUAGUAGCCCCUUCUGGAGAAAGCUCAAGACUGCAAAUUAAGUGGAUUUUGCAACCGGAAUGGAUUAUAUUGGGACACGUCAUCUCCAUGAGAGCUCUGAGGUUCUUUUGACCUCAUUUUAUCUGUAGUCUCUGCCUGCAGGGUAUUUGCCACUUCUAAUCAUCUAAAGGAGCUGUUUCACUUCUACUGUCAAGUAGUUUUCUAAGUGCCUUAAAACUGGCUUUCUUGUGCCCAGAAAGUUAAUUUCAAGGAGACUGCCAUCUACCCCAUCUAGGGCUAAGUGCACCAUAUGAUUGUGGGUGAGGCUGCCUGCAAGCCCUAGAGAAUGCAUUGGGGAGGGGGUACCUCUGCCCAGUUCCUCUUUGGUGACUCAUUCCUCCCUCUUUCAAUCUCAUCAGUGUAAGUGCUUGGAAAAGAAAUUGCAGCGUGGCUGGCAGAGACCUUGAAGGGUAGAAACUGAGGAGGGAGGAGCAGAUGCUGCCCCUUGACCAUAUAGGGAGCGAUGGGGUAAAUACCCUACAUCAAUUAUCUACUAGUACAAUAGGCUUCGCAAACUUUCAAGGCUCAGUUGGAAGACUUCUUCAACACACCCCUAUCUGGAGCACUUUAAUAGAAGACAGCCAUAUCAAACCACGGUCUGUGUCUAUUCCAAAUGCUUUUGUUGUCCUUUUGAGUUCUGUCCUCCUAGAUGCUUCCAUUAAGCCAAAACCCCAUGGCAGCAACGGGCAGUAAGAUUCAGUAUUUACCAAAGGGCCUUUUCCACAUGUUGUGUCACGAACCUAAGGAACUCAAGGCCAGAAAGAACAGCCGCAAUCACUAUUUAGAUGUCGUUAAAUAAUUAUUUGGGGGAGGGGGAGGGAAAAAAAGACAAGUUCUUCACAUGUUCAGGCAGGACGUUGCAGUUUGCGAAGCUCCAUUCCUUGCACGUCCAAAAGGGAUUAUGGGAGUUUAAUGUGUCACACAUCUGGACAGUAUCAAUAUGGGCUCACAUUACAGUCUUAAUGCUGGGGUGAAAUUACUAGGGUAUGCUAUUAAAGCUGGAAUUGGAUAGAGCUGAGGCCUCUCUAGGCAUUUACCUCCAAGUCUUUGGAAUGCCCAUCUCUAAAAUCAGUAUAAAUGGGAUCUGGAUGGAAAUUGCAUGAAAUGAACAUUUAGAACAGGAGAUAUCAGAGACAACCAACUUAACUUGGUUGGAAUUCAAGCUAUGGCAGGCACAGGUCUAACAUUCUCAUUUUCCAGGAGCCUGGAUAGUUUUAAACCAGUUACCUUCUCGGAUUUCUCUGUAAAAAUGCUGUGAAGGAAAUAUAGGUCAUUGUCUUUACAAAUUG